CGGACAUGUGGUAGACGUACUUGCUCAAUUCGAACUGGAUUCUAUGGUCUGUGAUCACGCCAUUCGGUUUUCUCAUUAUUGUAUUCUAGAAAGACGCUUGUGCAAUAGAGCGACUGCGCUGGGCGUAUGGGGUCUCGAGCACGUGACCAAAUUGUUCCGGCGGCCAUCAAAGAUGGAACUGCUCGCUAAUCAGCUUGCCGUUCCUAGCCUCCAUACACAUCCCCGAGGCCGACGAGCGCACGCACGUCUUUGGCGUAUUCAAGACUCACCCAGAGAUCCCUAUCCCCGAGCUUCAUGCCAGGCUGGAGCGACUGAUGGAUUCGGUGAUGCAGACCGUUCCCGCGGCAAAGGCGAAUCUGGUCCAGCAUUCCCUGUGGUUCCAGAAGACGGACGCGGUGUCGGACCAUAUCCGGACCGCCGGAUUCGAAGCGCCCAAGGACGACAUCUUUGUCGUGAUUCUGGAAACCGAGACCAUGGACAAGCUGGUCGAGCUCAUUCAAGAUCCGACGUUCCAGAAUGCUAUCACCGAUGGACUGCAGGACUAUCCCCAUCUCUUGGAAUGCUCGAUCUUUUGUGCUGACGUCUUUCCGCGUUUGUGAGCGCCAUGGGCCCGACGUUCGUCGAUGACUCGUAAUGAUAGUGGCGUGAAAUUAGUGUGUUGUGUUCUUGAAUGGAGUGUUUCGAUUGUGGAUGAGGGGAAAUUGCGGGACAAGGUCCGACGGGUGUGACACGGAAGGGUGGUGGCAGAGUGAGCACGAUUAUCCUCGAAAAUGUAAUCAGUCAAAUCGUAGCCUCCGCCAGACGCACUCAAAGGCCGCAGAUGACCAUUGUGGAGACGCUCAGGCGGAGUCGCGGGCACUGAAUGAGUGCUGCGGAAAGACCAAGGAGUG